GGAGAGGCGUACACUCACAAGCAAAGAACUCAUCGUCGUCCUUUUAACCAUCGUGGCCAGUUGGAAAACAAAUCACCCAAACCUGCUAAUUUAGCCCUAACAAUCGACAUCUUUCCUCCAUUUCAAUGUCUCUCCUAUGGAUUGAUUCCAAUCUUCCUCUGAAACUCUGACUAAUCUAAUUCUGUCAACACCAUUUGCAAUGGCCGAAUGUUCCCUGAACUUGCUACUUAAGAAACUCACCCAAGAAGACGAUAACUUAUUGUCCAGGGUUCCUGCAGACACUGAGUAUAUCUGUUAUGAACUUGAGUCCAUGAAGAGUUUGUUCAGAGUUGCAGAUGCAAUGGAGGAGACCAGCGACACUUCCCUCAACUCGUGGCUCAAGGCCGUCAUAGAUAUCGUUUAUGACAUGGAAGAUGCUCUUGAUCGGUUCAAGCUGCAUCUUGCUCGGGAUCAUGGGAAUGGUUUCUACGCUUCUCUUCGGAAAGCCACUCGCUGUAUCAAUAGUCUGGAAGCUCGCCGUCGAAUUGCUUCGGAAAUGCAAAAGAUCAGAUCCAGAGUAGCAGAUAUCGUAGGAUCACAUCGGAGUUACUCGAUGAAAAAUGACAUAAUGGCGAAAGAUUUGAACUACACCAACAGUUCAUCACAUCUGCCAAAACCACGACAAACCCCUUCCUCAAUUGAAGAAGAUAAUCUAGUGGGAAUCGAUGGGGCCAAAAAUCGGCUUAUCAAUUGGCUUGUUAGAGGCGAAUCUGAUCGUGAAGUGGUGUCAGUGGUUGGAAUGGGAGGUUUGGGGAAGAGUACCUUGGCGAGAAUAGUGUACGACGACGCAGAAGUGAAGAAACACUUCAAACUUCGAGCUUGGAUCACAGUUUCUCAAUCUUUCAAGAUAGAGGACCUUCUUAAAGAUCUAAUUCAACAACUCUUCCGUGUGCCUAAUAAAUCCGCAGGUCAUUUUGAGAUGGUCAGCGAGGGAGAGGAUAAAGUUAAGCUAAUAACAGCUAUCAAUGAAUUUCUUCGUCAAAGAAGGUACCUUAUUGUCUUAGAUGAUGUGUGGGACACUUAUGCCUUUGAUGCUUUUGUUCGUGCAUUGCCCAGAAACAACUUCGGCAGCCGAAUAUUGCUCACGACCCGAAUCGUCACAGUUGCCGCAAUGAAAUCCCCUGAAAAAGUCUACGCUUUGAAUCCAUUGUCCCCUGAAGAUUCAUGGACUUUGUUCUGCAAGAAAACAUUUAAGAACAACUCUUGCCCUCCACAUUUGGAAGAUGUAUCAGAAAAAAUCCUCCACAAAUGUGAAGGAUUGCCACUUGCUAUUGUUACAGUAAGUGGUGUUCUAGCAGCAAAAGACCAGAACAGAAUAGAUCAAUGGGAUAUGAUUCAUCGAACUCUUGGUUGUAAUGAUAGUUUGAUGAAUUUGAGAAGCGUACUAUCUCUCAGUUACAUUGAUUUGCCUCACUAUCUCAAACCGUGUCUGUUAUACUUCAGCGUGUUUCCUCAGGAUUCCCUGAUUAAGACUUCGAGACUUAUUCGACUGUGGAUAGCAGAGGGAUUCGUCAACGAAAGAGAAGGAAUGACCCUGGAGGAAGUUGCAGAAGCCUACCUAACUGAGCUCAUCAAGAGAAACUUAGUUCAGCUGGUAAAAGCUACCAUUGAUGGUCGUGUCAAAACUUGCCGCAUCCAUGAACUUCUUCAUGAGAUUGUCAUUUCAAAGGCAAGAGAUCAAGACUUUAUAACAAUAGUCAAUACCCAAAGCAAGAUUUGGCAUGGAAAAUUCAGACGUAUAUCGUUGCAUGAUACCAUACCGAACAUGCAGCAUAUAGCUUCUCAGCGGCUUCGUUCCCUGCUAAUGUUUUGGGCAGGAGAUUCUUUAUCUCCCGUAUUUCAUUCGGCUUUUAAUCAGUCAAGGCUGCUCAAUGUUCUGGAUCUGGAAGGUGCACCUCUGAAGGAAUUUCCUAAAGAAAUAGUCAGCCUCUCGCUUUUGAAGUAUCUAAGUUUGAGGAAUACAAAGGUGAAUUCCAUGCCAAGAUCCAUUGGUAAGUUGCAGAACUUGGAAACAUUGGAUCUCAAACAUGCAAAUGUAACGGAAUUGCCUGAUGAGAUUCUGAAACUUGGGAAACUUCGUCACCUACUGGUCUAUCGUUAUGAAAUUUCAUCUGCCUAUGAGAUCUACACCAAAAAUGGUUUCAAGCCACCAGCUCUUAUUGGCAGCCAGCUGAAGUCUUUACAAAAGCUUUGCUUCGUAGAGGUCGAUCAAGGUGGUAGCCUUAUGCAAGAACUGGCAAAGCUUCAUAACCUGAGGAGAUUAGGCAUUGUAAAAUUAAAAGAAAAAGAUGGGAUGGCUCUGUGUUCUUCCAUUGAAAAACUGAUGAAUCUUCGUGCAUUAUCAAUCACUUCAAUGGACGAAAGCGAGAUCAUAGAUUUGGAGAGCUUAUCAACUCCUCCUAGAUUUCUUCAACGACUAUACUUGGCAGGAAGAUUACAGAAACUACCAGAUUGGAUUCCUUCACUUGAAAGCUUGGUAAAGGUGGUAUUGAAAUGGAGUAAAUUAAGUGAUGAUCCAAUUGUUUCUCUUCAGUGUUUGCCCGGGCUGGUUCAUCUUGAUCUUGUACAGGCAUAUAAUGCAAAGGAACUUCGUUUUCAGCACAAAGGGUUUCAGAAACUAAAGUCCUUAGGAUUAAACAAAUUAGAAAAGCUUGAAGAAAUAAUGGUGGAGAAGGGAGCAAUGCCCUGUCUUGAAAAGCUAAUUGUUCAGAGCUGUCAUUCAUUGCAGAAAGUUCCAGUGGGAAUUCAGCACUUGGUUGAGCUGAAGCUUGUGGAAUUCAUCAAUAUGCCUAUAGAAUUAAUCAUGAAAAUGGAUCCCAAUGGAGAGCAUGGAGAUUAUUGGAAGGUUGAGCAUGUGCCAGAAGUUCAUUUUUCCUAUUGGAAUAAUGGUAAUUGGGAUUCCUUCUCUUUAAAUUCUUUUAGAGAUGAUAAACAUUAUGGCCAGUCCAGCCAUAAGAAUCAUUAUUAGUGUAUUGUUAUGAAGUAUCUGCUUCUUUUUUUCCUGUUUUUAAUAUCUUUGUUUCUUCUUUUAUUUUCAUGUAAAUAGUGGUCAUCCAUUCAAGCUAUGUGUAAUUGAUUUACCUAAUUUUUAAAUAUUUGUGUAU